UUGUGCUGUGUGAACAUCCUCCCUAAGGAAGAAAAAUGCAGCAAAGACUCUCCACUCGGCAGGCAUUGGAAAGUAUCCUGAGCAAAGUAAACCCUUGUGACUCGGAUGGAGACAACAUAGACCUUCAGCCAGAUUCAGACUCUGAGCCGUCUGAGUUGUCUUCAGAUGAAGAGACUGUACCUCAACCCCCAAAAAAACCUCGUCUGUCGACUGACGGGACAGACACAGCAAAAGAUAGCACAGUUUGGCGUGAAGAACAGGUGGGGGAGCGUCUCCAUUUCACCCCUAUCGAAGCGUACACCGGAGAUGGAGAGCCAACAGAUAAAGCCAGGAGAAGUAUCUCAAGUCGCCUUCAGAGCUUCCUCUGUUUUAUCAGUCUUGAAAUGCUUCACAGCAUUCAAGAAUGGACCGUUCAACAUGCACAGCAAACAGAGCAUGAUGAUUGGUUCAUGGGCCUCCCUGAACUAAUGGCAUUUGUUGCAAUUGUCAUCUUGCGGGGGCUUACCAAGGUUCCAGCACUAGGUGACUGCUGGUCAGCAAACCUUGGAAACCCACAGAUCAUUCGAACCAUGUCCCGUGACCGCUUCCAAGGCAUCAUGUGACACCUACGCUUUGAUGACAGGUCCACCCGCAGUGACCGAGCAAAGACUGAUAAGUUUGCUGCAAUUUCCGAUUUGUGGGGAUCAUUUGUCACCAACUGCAUAACAUCCUACAACCCUGGUCGACCCGUCAUUGUUGGUGAACAGCUUUUCCCGUCAAAGACUUGUUGCCGUUUCCUGCAAUAUGUUGCAACUAAGCCUGACAAGUUUGGAAUCAAGUUUUGGGUGGCUUAUGACUUAAAAUCCAAGUACAUUUGCAACGUCCUCCCAUAUCUUGGCAAGGACCCCAGUCAUCCCGGUGGGGAGCGACUGUCUGAAAAUGUUGUGAUGAGGCUGAUGGAACCAUUCUUGGACAAGGGCAGAAACGUUACCACGGACAAUUUCUUCACAUCGCUGUCACUUUCGCAACAACUGCUUAGCCGGAAGACGACCAUCCUCGGCUCAGUCAACAAGACUCGCCGGGAAAUUCCACAAUCUGCUAGGCAGACAGACCGUGAUGAAUUCACCACUCAGGUGUUUUCAACCACUGGUGCCACGCUGACGGUGUACGCGCCCAAAAGGAAGAAGACCGUCUACAUUCUUAGCAGCAUGCACAGCGUGGUUCAGACUGAGAAUAGCACCAAAAGGAAGCCAAACACCGUCGCCCUUUACAACACCACAAAGUGCGGAGUGGAUGUGAUAGACCAGAUGAUGCAGGAGUACACUGUCCGCAGAGGAACACGGCGCUGGCCGGUCGCUGUGUUCUAUAACAUGAUUGACAUGGCAGCACUGAAUGCGCAUGUGCUGUACCAAGCAUGCACCGGUAGGCAGGAGAGAGGAGUGGACUUCCUGGCAAAGCUUGCAAGAGAGUUGGCUAACUCUCAUGUGGAUGCAAAGAAGGCACAAAAAGAAGAAUUGCUUCGACAACAACCUCCCACACCCGGCCCUGGAAAAAGAGCCACGUGUCAGGUCAGGCACAAGUGUAAGAACAAUCAUGCCACUGUGCGAUGCGUUGACUGCUACAGAUACACAUGUGGCAAAUGCAGAAGAGAGAUACCAUGGCAGUGCCAGGAUUGUGAGUGAUGGGUGAAAUGUAGUCACUUAAAUUUUUGAAUUCUUUGCAAAUAUGUGUAAAAAUGUAUUCU